UAAAUGCGCACAGCCGAACCAGAACUUUGCGCUCCCUCAGGUGGACCCAGGCUCGACUCGUCGGCCGGCUUGUGAUUCCCUCACGCCCGGUUCCCGUCGACCCGUGUCCGCUCCGAGCCAGAGUUCCGGGUGCCCCAUGAGGCUGGAGGCCGCAGCCAGGAUGGACGUAUUCAGGAAGCUGUGGAGGGCCAGGAAGCUGAUCGUGGUGGUGUUCAUCCCGCUGUCGCUGCUGCCGCUGCCGCUGGUCCACCCCACCAGCGAAGCGUGCUGUGCGUAUGUGUUGAUGGUGACAGCAGUCUACUGGGUGUCGGAGGCCGUCCCCCUGGGGGCCGCUGCCCUGGUCCCGGCAUUCCUCUAUCCUCUCUUUGGUGUUCUCAAGUCAAGCGAGGUAGCGGCAGAGUACUGUAAGGACACCACCCUGCUGCUGAUGGGAGUCAUCUGCCUGGCCGCCUCCAUAGAGAAAUGGAACCUGCACAAACGCAUCGCGCUGCGCAUGGUGAUGAUCGCAGGGGCAAAACCUGGCAUGUUGGUGCUGGGCUUCAUGUGCUGCACGGUCUUCCUGUCAAUGUGGCUCAGCAACACGUCCACCACCGCCAUGGUGAUGCCCAUAGCCGAGGCCGUCCUGCAGCAGCUCAUCUGCACCGGCCUGGCCGACUCCCACGACGACUCGGAGACCGGCGACGCUCCAGAGGAGGACAGCGCUGUUUCAACCAAAGAGGAGAACCUGGACAAGAACCAGCUAGAGCUGCUCUAUCAAAAUGAACAGAAUGAACGUUCCAAGCAGGAUCUCUGUUCCUUCACUGAGGGUCAGGCGGGUGAGCUGAACGGUUUCGGUCUCCAGCCCGUCUUGAACAAGACUUUCGUUCGACAGACCAAUGGACACCUACCGCAGGUUGCCAUAGAGAUCCCAAACGUGAAGCGAGUGAAAGCCAGAAGAGACUCCCAGUACCCAACGAAGAGGGACCACAUGAUCUGCAAAUGCCUGUCGCUCAGCAUCACCUACGCAGCGACCAUCGGAGGACUGAUCACCAUCACCGGGACGUCCACCAACCUCAUCUUCGCCGAGCAGUUCAACACUCGCUAUCCGGAGGCGAAGGUGAUCAACUUCGGCACCUGGUUCAUCUUCAGCUUCCCCAUAGCCAUCAUCAUGCUGGUCCUCACCUGGCUCUGGCUGCACUUCCUCUUCCUCGGCUGCAACUUCAGAGAGACGUGUUCGCUGAGUAAGAAACGCAAAACCAGGAGAGAAAUGAUGUCCGAGCAACGGAUCCAGGAGGAGUACGCCAAGCUGGGCCCCAUCAGCUACCCCGAGGUGGUGACGGGGAUUUUCUUCAUCCUGAUGACUCUGCUGUGGUUCACCAGAGAGCCUGGCUUCGUGCCCGGCUGGACGUCGCUCUUUGAGAAGAAGGGCUACAGGACCGACGCAACCGUGUCUGUCCUCCUGGGCUUCCUGCUCUUCCUCAUCCCAGCCAGGCGUCCCUUCUCAUCAUCCUCACCCUGCUGCAGUAACUUGGGAGACAGUUCAGAUCCCGACCCUCUCGCCCCCAUGAUCACUUGGAAAGAUUUCCAGAGGCUGAUGCCGUGGGAGAUCGUGAUCCUGGUCGGAGGAGGAUACGCGCUGGCGGCUGGCUGCAAGGUGUCGGGCCUGUCGGUGUGGAUCGGCAGGCAGCUGGAGCCCAUGAGUGGCCUUCCGCCCUGGGCCGUCACCCUGCUGGCCUGCCUCCUGGUGUCGGCGGUCACAGAGUUUGCCUCCAACCCAGCAACUCUUACAGUCUUCCUACCCAUCCUGUCAGCUCUGUCGGAGACCCUGCUCAUCAACCCCCUCCACACUCUGAUCCCGUCCACCAUGUGCGUGUCAUUUGGGGUCAUGCUUCCAGUGGGGAACCCCCCCAACGCCAUCGUCUUCAGUUACGGCCACGUGAAGAUCAGCGACAUGGUGAAAGCAGGGUUUGGAGUGAACCUGAUCGGCGUGGCAGUGGUUAUGUUAGCCAUCACCACUUGGGGCGUCCCGCUUUUCAACCUAACCGAGUUCCCCGCCUGGGCGGUGGCCAGAAACGUCACCGGAGGAUUAUAACCAGCGCCGGGCUGAGGCCCGAGCCAAUAGAAAGGGGUUGAGGCAGGGGGUAAAAUUAGAAAGAGAAGAGUUUUAAUGACGAAGACAAAAGACCCCAGAAAACAUGACAGAGACAAAAGGACCGUCUUCCCCAGAAAGAGACUGAGAGAACCGGCCUUACGGAAAAGAAGACAAGAGAAAAUGGCGGAACGCUAGCUUAGCUAGAAUAUUAGCUUCAGUUUAAGUUGGCCAUAUUGUGGUCGCUCUGGGGAAAAAACCGAACUCCAACAAAUUAACUUUAGCUUCUUGGCUAUAAAUGCACAAUUUCUUUCAAUGAAGCAAUGCAAAUUAGAAAGCUAAUUGAAGCAAAUUAAGAGCUCAUAUCGUAUUGAUAUCUCAAAUGUAUAACAGAACUGAGAGGUUUUUUUUUGUCUGUUUUUUUUUUUUAACAAAUCCACCAUGAAUGAAAUGUCUUAAUAUAUUCUUUGUAAUCUUGUAGUAAACGGUGCAAUAGAAUUCAGCUAACUAGCCACUUGUUAGAGACCUCUUUUGUGCUUUACCUAUGCAUGGUAGCGUAGCGCACUGGUCAACUGGUUAAAGCGAGGUUUCUACUGUGGCUAUGGAUGUACUGUAUCAAUACACUCACUGAUUAAAACGGUAAAGAGGAAGAACCCAGAAGUAUUGCUGGUGUAACACUGUGGCUGGUAUGUAAUUAGUUUGACUUUUAACACUCUGGUACAUCUAGAAGAAAACACAAUUUGUAUGCAAAAGCUGAUGGUGCUGCAGGCAGUGGGGUAGAUCGUUCAACUGUUAGCCUAAGCUAACGUUAAUACAGCGCAUCAUCUGUGUCUGGUGUACAGAUGCAACUAAAGCAACAGUUUUCACCUUGAUGAGUUUAUGAUGCAGGCUAGUUAAGUCUGAACUGACAACACACCAGCAUCCUGAUUCAUGUGCUUUUACGACUAGAGAAGGUACUGUAAGGUCUUUAAUGAGGUUAAAAUCUUUUUUUUUUUUUUUUUUUUUAAAGUUCGGAAUUAAUUAUUUGUCAGCCUUUCAUUGUGAAGAUCUUCAGGAAUGUCUGUCUUAGCUGUAUUGAGAUUUUUAACUUCAAACAGUCCGGCUACUAGCAGAACUGCAGCUGCAAUGCUAGCAAAGAUGUCUGAGAAGCUAGCAACAAGUUUAACAAACUAAAUAAACACCGAUGAUUGCAAACACUCAGAAGAGUGAUGCUAACUGUAUGAAGUUUAACAAAAAAAAAAACAACCUACAUAAAAUAUUUAGCAUUUGGUGGUCUUUUGUAGUCCAAAUGUCCAAAUUUACUGAGUUGGAGAUGCUGCUUUUGAUGGACAAUCCAAAAACCUGGAGCUGUUAUUAUUGGACUUAACCUAAAGAAAUUGUACUCCAUUAAUUUCAUUCCUACUCCAGUGAUCUUCACUCACCAUUUUGACUGUCAAAUGAUUCGUUAACUGCCUGUAGCACCAUCGCUCAGAUUGUGACGCUUAUGCACUCAGGGCCCUGUAACCUGAGGCUCUGGAGUCAAAAGUGGUUGUUUGGACGUUCCACAAUGGCUCUUAAUACUUUGGGUAAAAAUAAUAAAGAACCAACUUUUUAAUUUUUUUUUUAAAAUAUAGAUUUAUAUUGUUUUAAAUGAGGCUUUAAUAGUUUUCGGUUUUUUCACAACACUAAAUUUUCACAAGAGAAUGACACUACAAGUAGCCAUAAUAUUUUUUUUUGUCAAUUCUCUUUUUGGAAAUGCUAAUUUUCUUCUUUCUCUUUAUCUUAAAACAAACCAAAAAAGAUUAACUGUUGUCCCCACAGUCUUAAGAGACAGACUAAGCCUGAAUGUGGCUUUACAAUUUAAUUUUUUUUGUGUGUGUGUAGUGUCUUGUUUUGGGAAUUGACAGUCUGAUGGGACAAACCUCCCACUUCCCCGCUGUCGACUGUGACAUCUGCUGCGCAACUCCCGAGCACCGCAUUAAAUCUGCAAUAGAAUCAAACAUAAUGUUUUCCAAAACUUAUAAGGUGUCUUUUUUUCUAAAGGUCAUGUUACACUUGCAGCUCUGAGUUUUAUUUAGCUGGACUAAAGGCGGAAAUGUAAAGGUAGCUGACCCCUGUUUUGACCAUCACUAAUCUGAGCAAAUUAUGUCUUCUGAAUGCUUGACUUGGACCUCGACUGUUUUUCCCAGUGAGUGUAGUCAACCUACUGUACAUAUAACCAAAUGUUUUUCUUCUGUUUGUAUGCGUGGAUAAAAUCUAAUUCGCCACACAAACCAGGGCUUCCCAUCAUGUGACCAAUCAUUUUUUGCUAAGGUUCUAAAGCUGAUUUGGAGCUUUGCACCAAAUACCUUUCUUUUUUUGCAGCCUGUUUUAUUCAAAACAUCUUGAAAUGUUUUUUUUCUGGAUCAAGCCUGUAAUGCUAAAACAUUGGCUGCCUGUUUUAAACCUGGAUUCAAACCUUAUAAGCUCAUUGGUGCCUUGCUGUGAUGUUGGAAAACCUCUAUUCACGGCUUACUUCCUUAAAUCUUGCACAUUGUUUACUCUGCUUACGACAAGAAUGUAUUUCCAGUAGUGAUCCUUUAUUUUUUGCUAAAAAAGAUCUUGAAACUUAGCUUUAUUUUGUAUUUUUGUCUCUUGUUGCCAGAUCUCAAUGUCCUUAAGAUCGCAGGGAGAAAUACUUGGAUAAGCUCUGUUUUUUUUCCCCCCUGAGAUGUAGGAAGUACAUGACUGGAUUAUGUGCAAGAGGAGAAUUUAUGUGAGGCAGCAGAGUCCAUUCAAGCUCUGGUUGACUGAAAACUGAGUACGGGACUGUAUUGUGCAAUAGUUCAAUCCACUCAUCAAAUCACAAUAACUCUUAUGGUGGCAAAGUUGAAAAGGUUUAUGCAAACCCAACCCCCCCAGCCCCAUUGUACUGAGCAGAAAUGCAAAAGGAAUGCUUUAUAUUUUCACAGAAAAUACAAAAUUGAGAUGUAAUUUGUGACCGUUUUGUACUGCCAGAGGCCUUAGAAGUCUGAAUAGAGCUACAGUUUUCUUUGUGGUUUGUAGAUUUCUACAGGGUUCCUACACAUUUACGGGGUCAAAGUUUCUUCUCCAAAGAAGUUCUUGAUCAGGUUCAUUUCAAACUGUGGUACUUCCAAAGAUCAAGCUAUGGAAACUCCUAAAUGUAAAGAAUGACUGACAGAGGUAAUGACUGGAGCAUGAGCGGAGGGAUGAUUGAUGGAUAAAUGGCCAGAUUGGGAGACGAGUGACCGAAAGAGGAAUUGUUGGAUUACGGGACGACUGGUCAGAUGGUCAGGUGAAUGGCUGGACAUAGUGAUGAAUGGAUUAAUUGGUGUAUGAAAAGUAGGACAACUGGACAGUUCCACUGACCGGACAGAGGGGCGGCCUUACAAACCGGUGGACAGAUUGACAAAUACAUUUGACACCAAGAACUUGUAUCAAACUCCAGAAUGUAGGAACCCUGUUUCUAGCAAUGGUUUCAUUGACCUUUGACCUGGAGGCCACACUCCUUUGUAAAUACACACUGAUUUGUAAUAUAAACGCAUUGUGUUUUUUUUGUUGUUGUUUUUUUUCCUCGUUUCUAAUGACCUGUAAUAUUCUCAAAUCAGCUGUUUUAUCCUGAAAGGGUAUUCAUAUCCACAUAUUACGCUAGAGUUGGAACACAAUAUAGAAGUACGACAAUAAAAGCCAUCGAAAUCA